AUUUUAUGGGAUGUGCAAUUUUUUUAUGAGUAUAAAUUAUAAAUUCUACCUAUAAAUUAUAACACAAUUUAAAUUUAAUUUAAAAAUUAACAAAAAAAGAAAAAAAUUAUUUGUGUUUAUGGUGGGGAGAAAGUGUUCGCCAUUUUUCCCUUCCAUCCGACCCGUCGACCCCACACCGACACAUUAUUUAAGAUUAAUUUACAUGUUAGCGGGACGUGUAGAGGCGGCAUACGACCCCCUGAAUCUCAAUUGAUAGACCAAAACCAAACCAUUAUCCAUUCAGACGCUAAACAAAAUUGGAUAUUUUGUCAACAAAUCGUGUUAAAUUCGAAAUCCAUACAAGGUUUUUCCGUCCACAAUGGCAGACGGUGAACCAUUAAGUAUAGACAGCAUAAUCGCACGACUUUUAGAAGUAAGAGGAUGUCGACCUGGUAAAACAGUACAAAUGUCUGAAGCAGAAGUCCGAGGAUUAUGUUUGAAAUCUAGAGAAAUAUUUUUACAACAACCAAUUUUAUUAGAUUUAGAAGCACCUUUAAAAAUAUGUGGAGAUAUACAUGGUCAGUAUACUGACUUGUUACGUUUAUUUGAAUAUGGAGGCUUUCCACCUGAAGCGAACUAUUUAUUUUUGGGAGAUUAUGUGGAUCGUGGAAAACAGUCCUUGGAAACUAUAUGUCUUUUAUUAGCAUAUAAAAUAAAAUAUCCAGAAAACUUUUUUCUUUUACGAGGCAAUCAUGAAUGUGCAAGCAUAAACAGGAUCUAUGGAUUUUAUGAUGAAUGUAAAAGACGUUACAAUAUAAAAUUGUGGAAAACAUUUACUGAUUGUUUUAAUUGUUUACCUAUCGCGGCUAUCAUUGAUGAGAAAAUAUUUUGUUGUCAUGGUGGACUUAGUCCUGAUUUACAAGGAAUGGAACAAAUUAGACGUAUUAUGCGUCCAACUGAUGUCCCAGAUACUGGUUUAUUAUGUGAUUUAUUAUGGUCUGAUCCUGACAAAGAUGUAACUGGUUGGGGAGAAAAUGAUAGAGGUGUUUCUUUCACGUUUGGUACAGAUGUUGUAGCAAAAUUUUUAAAUAGACAUGAUUUAGAUCUCAUUUGUAGAGCACAUCAGGUUGUAGAAGAUGGUUAUGAAUUUUUUGCCAAAAGGCAAUUGGUUACAUUGUUUUCUGCGCCAAAUUAUUGUGGGGAAUUUGAUAAUGCAGGUGGAAUGAUGUCUGUUGAUGCAACUCUAAUGUGUUCAUUCCAAAUUUUGAAACCAUCUGAAAAGAAAGCAAAGUAUCAAUAUUCAGGAUUAAACUCUGGAAGACCGGCUAGUAAUACAACUGCUGUGAAAAAGAAAUAGUGUAUUUAAAUUAAUAUUAAUUAUAAACAACAAAACAAUGUUGUUCAUAAUCUAAUAACUCUGUGCUUGAAUAAUUUUAUUUUAAAAAUCUGGACUUUCUAUAUAAUAACAAAUAAUGUUAUACAUAUAUCUAUGUGUGUGCGAGUGUAUAUGUAUGUGUGUGUAUAAAAAAAUUAUCUUUAACAAUCAUUAAAUAAUGGUUACUUGUGACCUAAAUUAUAUAAAGUCCUAAGUAUUGAUUGAUAUUUUGAUUUAAAUUUUAUGUACUUUGUAUAAUGUAUAUAGAUAAUAACCAUUUUAUUUAGUUAACAAAUUUAAUAUAUGUGUAGACAUAGAUUAUAAUUAAGGUGUGUAGCCUCGUUUGUGUUAUUAAAUAUAUAUAUAUACAUAUAUGCAUAUAUAUAUAUAUAUAUAUUAACAUUAUUGUUAUUAAUUAUUCUUAUUAAAUAUUGUCAAUACUAAUUUAAAUGUAGAAAAAAUUACCAAUACUAUAUUAUUUAAAUAAAUUAACUGUUUCUGUUUUUUUUUUUUUUUUAUAAAUUUGUGGUAAAAUAUUAACAAUCAAUUCAUUUUUUUUUUGUCUUUUUAUUAUUAAUUCAAAUUUUAUUUUCAAAUAUUACAGAUCUCUUAUUUUAACCAUUCUUCAAAUUGUACAUAUUAGUACAUCUCAGAAAAUAAUAGCCUAUAGUAAAUUACUCAAUUUGAUACUAUAUUAAAUAUUGAAGAAAAUGAGUUAAUUUUUUACAAUACUAUUGACUAAAUACACCUUAAAAUGGUCAUGUUUGUAUAUUGAUUUAAUACUCACUUUUUAUAUUAACAUAAUAGCUUUACAGCUUAGGAAUUCAGAUUUGGGGGUAUUAAAUUAAAAAUUAUACAAUACCAUAACAGUAUAUUCAGUAUAAUAAUUCUAGAACUUAAUUUGUAAUAAUUAAAUUAAAAUAGUUUUAAAAAACUAAGGCUUUUGAGUCACAUUUUCUUAUAGAUCUGUUAUGUUUAAAAAUGAUAAGAAUAGAAUGUUAUGGUUAAUAUAUAUUUUUUCAGUGAAUAGAAUAACUAUCAUAUUAUAAGAGUAACUUUGCUAUAUUUUUUAAAAUUUAUGUUAUGUUUAAAUAAAUAAAUUUAUUGCUCUACAAUAUUUAAAUGAAUAUUUUAUAAAACAUUUACUAUCAAAAAAAUUGUAUUUUUUACUUGUUUACUUGCAUUCAUUAUAUACUUAAAAAUAAUAAAUGUGAAAGAUUUCAUUUUGAUAUAUAUAAUAAAAUAAUUUAUCUCUUAUACAGAAUUAGUCAUAAUAGUUAUCUAAGGACUACCAUAUUAAUUUUAAAUUAAAAAUAUAUACUAAAUAUUGUAUAAUAUCUAAUUUAUAUAAAAUUAGUUUGUUCAUUAGUCAUGACUAAUAUUAAUCAUUAUUAAAAUACUAAAUAUUAAAAUAUGAUCCAUAAAAAUUGUAUAACUGUAUAAUUAUUAUAUUUUAUUAUGAAGAAACAUGGUGAUUUUGUGAAUCAGUCAGUAUCUCUUAACAUCUAAUUAUUUAUAUGUUAAUAUUAAAAACUUCAUUUUAAUUAAUUAUUCAUACAAUUUUGUGUUUCAUAAUAUGUAUGGGUAAUCUUUUUAAAAUUUAAAGUUCUUGCAAUCCAAGCAUAUUAAUGAAAAUUGGACAUUUUUAAAAAAAUAGGCUUAUACUUUUAUUAAAUAUAUAAUAUUAUACAAAAUAUAAAUAUAAUAUUAUUAAUAUAAUUAAAUAAUCUCAAUUUUAAGUAAUUUUCAUUGAUAUUGGCUGAUUCAAGUUUUAAGAAUCAUUUUAUAAUUAGAAUAGAAGUACAACAUUAAAAAUUGUCAUUCAAUAAUUAAUUAUAUUCUAGACGAUAAAUGUUUUGUUUAUUUUGCACUUAAGCAUUGUGUUUUACUCGCACAGAAUCCCAAAUUUUAAAACAAAUUCUCACGUCAAAAUGGUCUUACAUUUUGAUAUGUUUAUUUUUUUUUUGUAAAUAUUUUCACAAUAUUAAUAUAAAUCACUUUUAUUUUUAUUUAAAUAAUUGUAAUAAUGUUUAACUUUGUUAGUGGUUGUUUUAAAAAGUAUGACCAAUAAUAGUUUAUAUUUAUUUAAAAUGUAUGUUUCAUUGAACUACAAGGCUUAUAAGCUAUUGGUGUUAUAAAAUAAUAUAAUAUAUUAGUAAUGAAUACUCAAA